AGGUUGAGCUGUCAAAUUAUUCUCUGUAGGCUUGUUUGUAAACGAAAAUAUAUAACAUUAAUCGUUAUUUGAGUUUUUUUAUUUAUUUAAUAUUUAAAUCGUAAUUUGAAAUUUAACUAAAGACUUUUGUUUAAAAGAUGGAUGAAAAGGAAGAGUUGGUAAAAAAAUCAUUAUUUAAUUUCGUUAGAAAACAAGUACCUACAGCACAGCUCAGCUUGAUAGAUGACAUUGUAUUGAGCUAUGUGGUGAGUAUGGUAGAGGAGAGCGCUUUGGAGGAGGACCUGGAUGUCGAAGGGUUGUGUGAAAUGGUCUCGGCUUGUUUGCCAGAAUUUUCAACGAUUGAAAAAGAAGCUGUGACGAAGUGGCUGCUUGAUGUCGAGAGUAAACUCAGAGAAGAAAAUAAAGAAGAAGAGGCUGAUAAUUUUCAGCCUCAUGAAUCAUUUAGCCAGCUAAGUUUGACUGCUCUGUUGCCACCAGACUCACAAAGGAUAAGAGUUCAUCAUUUAUCAGAGACAAGUGAUGCUGGAAGUGAUUCUAGUGGGGAAUAUUUUACAGAACAAAAUGAAACUUCCUGGCAUCAAGUAACACUACUUCAGGAAAUGUUUCCAGCAGCAAGUCCAGCUGAGAUUCGUCACUGUCUCACUAUAGCUGGUGGAGAUGCUGCUAAAGCUGCUCAAAUAGCUCUACAUAGACAAGAAGCUGGUCAAAGUAUCACGAGUAAUCUCACUUAUCUUACGCAACCUAAUCGACGCUCAAAGGCUAGUGUAAAUGAUGAAGAGUUAAAGUCCCGAAUAAUAGCACGCUACAGUUACGUUGAUCGUGACGACGAUUCACGUGAGCAUCGUCCUGUGACUCCUAAACGUGAACCGAAAAAACUGGUACGUUAUUUAGACAAUAAAAUAGUAAGUGUUAAAGGAGAGAGAUAUACAGAGAUACGUCGGGGUGGUGAAGAUGACGAUGGUAAUGAAGGUGCACGAAAGCGGGGCCACUGCCGUCCGUAACCAGUAACCAUGCCUCCACCCCCUGAUCCACCCCCUUGGAGGCAUAUCUCAUUCUCAUUUACUGUUAUUCAAUCUUACUUUAUUUAAAUCCGUAUUAUUAUUAUUAUUAUUAUUAUUAUUAUUACUAUGUAAAUAAUAUGUUUUUAAAAUUAUUAUUUAAUAAGCGGACAAUCAUUAUCAAUUGUCACUCGAGUCACAUUAGCUGAGUCUGAAAAUUUUAAUCAUUUUUAUAAUUUCAUUUCAUAUUUAAACUUAUUCAGGUUGGACAUUUAAUUAUUUGUUAUUUAUUUUUUUUUUGUCAUGAAAAAAGAAAAAUAAAUAAAUAAAUAAAGUCAGAAUAUCCUACCAAAUGAUGACAUUUAUUUUUUAAGUGAUACUGCAUUUUUUUUAUCUAAUCAAGACUACAAAAAAAAUGAAAAAAUGAAAAAAAAAUAGUCAAAAAAAAGUUCAAUACACACUGAAUUGCCCAAUAUUUGAAUAUUUUCAAAUACUCUAGUUAUGGGACCUUUUUUGACCGGACUUUACUUUUUUUUAAGUUGUCUUUGUUUUUAAGUUACUUUUUUUUAUUUUUGACUGAAUUUAUAUCGAUGUUUUUUAGUUGUAUUUUUUUUAAGGGGGUAAACAAUCUAUGGAUAAAUAUCUAGAGAUUAUUUUUCGUUCUUUACUAUAAUUUCAAACUUAGUCUGCUUUACUAAUUAAGAAUUCUAUAAAGAUAUAGAAUAAAAUAUUAUAUAUAUGUAAUUCAAAAAAGUAAUGUUAAUUAACGUAUAGUUACUACUCGAUAAUAGUAGAAAAUUAAAAGAAAAAAAAACGUAAAUAAUUUAUAACUGAGUCUGCAUUUAAGACGAAACUUUUU